AUGUGUGGCCCAUUCAAGUCCCUGCGCAACUGUCUGAAACUGGUGGAGAUUAUCUUCAGCGCUUUGGCAUUCAUCAUCGUCCUCUUCAGAGGCAGGAUGGUGAAUCCCUACGGCGUCUGGUGUGAGUUUGUCUGGGUGUUCUGUGUCGUCGUUCCCGUGGUCAUAUUGGUGAUGGAGCUCAUGCUUUGGAACGUAUUGCUGGCUGCGUUUCUCCCGCCCUGGGACGACCUGAGGUGCGGGCUCACCAUGCUCUGCACCCUCAUGAUCACCUCGGCAACGAUCAUCUUCGCCGUGAUCUUCGCCUGUCCCUACUGCAUCGUCAGCAUCCUCUGUGUCAUCUUCUCCUUUAUUGCUACGCUGGCUUUCCUGGUGGACGCCGUGCUGGCCAAGAUGAAGUGUCCUCGGGGGUAUUUGUCCAACUGCAGGGGCGUCCUCAGGUUCACCGAGGCGUUCGUGGCGUGCAUCCUCCUCACCGCCGCCGCCAAUUACUUCCUGCAAGUGGAGAGGAGAUUCCAUCAUCCAGCGAUGGUGUUUUGCGUGGUGGUUUACGUGGUCUGCCUGCUUGUGACUGUGGUCAUUAUUGUCCUUCAUCUUAUUAAGCUGUUGAGAUGCCUGCUGACGUUCGGGAUGGAGAUUCUGGAACUUGUGUUUAACGUCAUCGCUGUGUUGUUGUACGUGAUUGCUGUGAUUCUCUGGUCCAUCUAUGGUUUCAGGUAUUAUCACACUUACGACCCGCUCCAUUGUCGUGACUGUACCUACAAAGACAUGAUUGUGGUUCUGAUAGGGUCCAUUGUCAAUCUGGUGCUCUAUAUUGUGGACCUGGUUCUAUCCAUCUUGGCUAAACUCAAAGCCUGA